CGCAUCUGCACUCGUGUUUGUGUGGUGGUGGUGGAGCCCGUCGCCGGGGCCUGCGCCUCGCUGUCUCUGAGCUCUAUUUGGUUGGAUUCUUUGGGGGUUCUCUGUCUCUAAUUUGUUCGUAUCCCAUAUUUUUUUAAGCUCCCUCUUCUCUCCGUCUUCUUCCCUGCCCAAUGGCUCGUCCGAAUCGGGCCGGGUAAUCGAGAGCAGAGCGAGAGGAGCCUCCUUUUUUCUAUCUGUCCUUUUAGCUCUCCGCUUUGUUCGUUCCGGAAUCCUUCGGCGGAGAUACAGAGAUCUCUCCUCCUGUGUGAUUUGCUUGAUCCCCGCCCGAAAGAGCCCAGAUAUUGCGUAAUUUUCUUCGGAGAAAGGAUGCGUUCUUGUGGAAGGUAGGAAGAUUGAGAUGCUCUUUUAUUUCUUUCGGAUCAGUCGUUGGUGGUAUUGAGAGACUGCCGAAUUCGAAGCGGAAAGCAGCAAUUUUGUUCUGUUUAACCGACUUGGCAAUUUUGGAGCUUGGUAGUGAUAUUUUCGCUGUUUUGCGCUUUUUUCUUUAUUUCACGUCCCUUCUUCUUCUUCUUCUUCUCAUAAUCACUAGGAAUUAAGAGAGAUAUGGGGCUUCCGCGGUAUGAUUUGUAAUUGGUCAAGAACAAUUUUUUUGAUGUCGUCGAAAACCCGAGGCAGUUCCCCAUAAGAUGAGGGAUGACGGAGAGAUUUAUGAACUUCCUAAGGUCCUGCUGGGGGCCGUCGUCACGGCGGCACGACCACUCGGGCACCGACGCUCUUGGGCGGCAAGACGGGCUUCUCUGGUACAAGGAUAUAGGACGGCUUGCGAAUGGGGAUUUCUCCAUGGCCGUUGUCCAGGCGAACAGCUUACUUGAGGACCAGAGCCAGAUUGAGUCGGGUUCGCUGAGCUUGCAUGGGCUCGGCCCCUACGGGACCUUCGUGGGGAUCUACGACGGACAUGGUGGCCCAGAAACAUCCCGGUACAUCAACGAUCAUCUUUUCCAUCAUCUCAAGAGAUUUGCAUCGGAGCAACAAUCAAUUUCAGCUGAUGUGAUACGGAAGGCAUUCAAAGCGACGGAAGAAGGGUUCCUAUCUCUGGUAACCAAACAAUGGCCUGUGAAACCUCAGAUAGCAGCCGUUGGCUCCUGCUGUUUGGCGGGCAUUAUCUGCAGCGGAACCCUAUACAUUGCAAACCUCGGAGACUCCCGUGUUGUUUUAGGUAGGCUUGUCAAGGCAACUGGAGAAGUUCUGGCUGUCCAGUUAUCAGAAGAGCACAAUGCAGGGAUUGAGUCAGUCAGACAAGAAUUGCAUGCCUUGCAUCCAGAUGAUUCUGAGAUUGUAGUUCUAAAACAUAAUGUUUGGCGUGUCAAGGGAGUCAUACAGGUUUCUAGGUCGAUUGGAGACGUGUACCUUAAGAAAACAGAGUUUAACCGGGAGCCUUUGCAAGCAAAGUUCCUUCUUAGAGAGCCUUUCCAAAGACCAAUUCUUAGUUCUGAACCAUCAAUUUCUGUACUACCAUUGCAGCCGCAAGAUCAGUUUCUGAUAUUUGCCUCUGAUGGCCUUUGGGAGCAUCUAAGCAAUCAGGAAGCAGUCAACAUCGUUCAAAAUAAUCCAUGCAGUGGAAUUGCUCGGAGGCUUGUCAAAGCUGCACUACAAGAAGCGGCAAAGAAAAGAGAGAUGAGGUACUCUGAUCUAAAGAAGAUUGAUCGUGGAGUUCGCCGGCAUUUUCAUGAUGACAUUACUGUCGUCGUUGUGUUCCUCGAUUCAAGUCUUACCGGCUGGGUCAGCUCACACAAAGGUCCAACAGUGUCAAUAAGAGGUGGUAUCGAUCGUCCUGCAAGUUCUCUUACAUCUUAUGCAAGUGCGAAGCUCGGUAAUUCUUACUGAAGGCAGAUCAUGUGGUUUCAUGUUGUACUAAAUUAAAGCACACAUUUUUCCGUACUGUUUCGAUCGACUCUUCUGCAAGCGAUGUUUUGCAGAUGGUCAAUUAUGAAUCUCACACCCUCAUUAAUUAAGGGAUGUCCAUCUUAUCUUUUAUGAACAGCAAGGAGAGGAGAGAUAGAAAUGUGAAAUUUUGUUAUCCAGGAACUUGUGGUUCUUUUUUGUUAUAUAUUUCCAUUUCCAUUUUUCCAUA